AUGCCAGUUAGCUUCGUUGUUUCUAUAUUUCUAAUUGCGUUCAUCGUGGAUAUAUCAUGCACAGUAAUAACAGACGAUACGGAGAUUCUGUCGAUGAUUAAAGAAUUGAAAGACACAGUGAAGUCACAUGAGCAUGCUAUCCGGUCACUAAAAAAGCGUGAAGCAGAACAAGAUAAUAUUAUCAUAAGACUCAAAGACAAAGACAAGCAACAACAGGAUGCUAUUAACUAUCUCAUGAACGAAUUGAUAUUUAAAUCAAAACAAAAUGAGCUUGUAAACCCUCCAAAGGAACAAACACUGCGACAAACCAAAGAGCGUGAAGAAACUUCUGACAUAUCAGACUCAUUACGCGAUGAGAGUCAACUGAACAUUCGGAUUGACGGAGUAAGAUCAUACAAAUCCAAGUCUGAAAUAAACAUUUCAAACAACGCAGACGAUUUGAGGCCCAGCAGACAAUCUAUACACCCAAACAUCGCUUUUCAGGCAGUACUUAGUGUAACCACACUCACAAAUGUUGGGCUGCAUCAGAAGAUUGUGUAUGACUCUGUUAACCUAAAUCUUGGCGGCGGCUAUCAUCACCUUUCAGGCAUCUUCAUUGCCCCUGUAUCUGGCAUAUAUCUGUUUUGUACGUCUGUAUUAGCAGAAUCUCAUGCCGAUAUCGAUGUAGGAAUAAUAAAAAAUGGUAAUCAGCUAGCCGGUGCUUAUGCAGGUGCAGAUUCUGGUGGGAAAUCGUACUAUGACCAAGGCUCUGCUUCUGUUGCCGUGCAAUUAAAUGCCGAUGACGAAGUGUGGGUUGAAAAUCGUUGGCCAGCAGGCGCAAAAGUACAUGGUCGAGGUUUGCAUACAAGUUUUACUGGAGUUCUUGUUGUGCCAAUGUAAAAGGAAAUAAUUAGAUGAUUAAACUUUGUUACUAGUU